CUCUGACGCACGCGCUUUUGCUGCCCCCGCCGCCGCUUCCUGAUAAUAGAGUGACACACCGUCGCUGCUCUGAGCUAACAUGGCUGCCAAACUACAACUUUCAAACGCCGCUGUAACUAUUUUCCUCGGGAUUUCCACUCUCAUUACCCCGGCGGAGGCGUACGACGCCGGAGACGGCAUCGCGUGGCUGCUCGGGACUGUGAUCGCUGUGGUGGGGCUGUGCGCGUGUCUGGGCUGGUACUCACGGAGCCGGAACCGCCAGUUCUGACCGGGGCGCAGGUCGCCUCUCCGAGGCAUGACUCGGCCUGGGUCGGGGGGUCCUGGUGGGGCUUACUGCUGGUACACACGGUUGUGUUCGAAUCCCCUCGGAGUCGUGAUUUACAACACAACAACCAUAUGCAAAUGUGUGAAUAG